GUGACGCUGACGUGGCAGUCCCAUCAGAUGUGGGGUUGGUAGGGAGCGUGGGAGAUCAUCGGCGCGAAUUCUGCCGCGGUAUACAGAUGGCUUUGAUGGGCGACAAGCAGCGACGGGCCACCGACUGGCUCAUACUCGUUAAAGGAGCUCGUUCUCGUUUACAGGAGAUGGUGGAGGCACUGCGAUCACAACUGGGAGUCAGACCUGAGGCUGUUGGGGGGGCAGCUUCAUCGGGUCCGCCGUAUCGGGAAGUGAUGUCGAACAUGUUGCAGAUUGUCUGGGAGCUGCAGCAUCUGCAAACGGAGGGUCUCAUGGAUGGUCAACUGGAGUCUCUGAAGCAGUGUUGCGACGACAUCAUGGAGGAGGGGCAAGAUGUGUACGCGGCGCUGGAGGAGGAGUUCUACUUGCACUUGUUCGAGACGGAAGAUGAGGAUUACACCGAAGCGUGCACCACUGGUAGUGACGAGCUGCAGGGGGGUCGAACUGGUGUUGAUAUCGCCCUCGCUACUUAUAAAAAUGCAAUUGAUAACAACAUGUUUGUGCAGGUCCGGGGUAUAGACAUAGGGAUCGUCAGCUUGGGCUUGUCCGACAACAACGUCAACAACAACAACAACAACAACAACAGCAACAAUAACAACAACAACACCAGCAGCAAUCACGACGCAGGGAUUGUGGGCACCGGCAAGAUUACGACAGUCGAGCGCGACACUGGUGCAACGUGCACACUGGAUUGCGAUAAUAACAACAGUGACAACGACAAUGACACUGAUAACAACAACGGUAAGCACGACACUGGUGCGAGUGACGAAAUCGUGAGCCCGCGCACGCUGGAUUGUGGUAACAACAACAGUGGUAAUGACAAUGAUAUUAAUAACAACGACGGCAACCACAUGAAGAAUGUCAAUAUCGGCGGUUUGGACCCGCUGGAUGCCGCACUGCAAGCAGCAAAGGAAAUUGUUGCCAAAGCUCACAGGGAAGUAGAGAGAAUAGAAAGGAUAAUGGCUGAGGCGAUCCAGAGAGGAAAGACAGCAGCCAGACAGGCUGAGCUGUUGGAGAGCUUUGAGAAGGCCAAGACUGAUGGCCGUAAUUCUGAUAUUGUUCAGAGUCUUGCAGAGUGGGCCCUGCUAGAAUCCGCUCAUGCUAGGAACGUUUCCACGGCCUGGAAUGACAGGAUCACAGCCGAAGAGACCAGACUGGACUCGAUGGACGCCACCCUGCAGCGACUAUUAGAUGCCUUCUUCAGGCAGUUUCCACCAUCUCCUAAACCUAGUCCUCCACCCACUCCUCCUACCCCUCCACCCAUGACACCACCACCACAGCAAUCCCAUCCUGAAACUGUGCCCACACAGGGACCGAGUUCUGGCUAUCUACAGCUUGAACAGUGGUUUCCCAAGGUGACCCAACCUGAGAAGUUCACUGGGAAAGACCCCAAAGUGGACGUCUCAGACUGGAUAGCCCAAAUGAGGUCGUACCUCGGGGGUUAUACCUGUCCAGAAGUGGACAAGGUACGAGCCACACUGGCCCUCCUGGCAGGGGCUGCGCUGAAGUGGGAAACUUCUGAGGCCAACAAGGCCCAGAAGCAGCUAGAUGAUUUGAUUGUUGUGAGUGGUCUGGACACGAUCUUUCAGGACCUAGAAACCAGGUUUGCUGAUAAGGACAAGGCCAGCAAGGCCGCUGAUGAGCUUGUGAGACUAGGCCAGGAUCGAAAUGGUUGAGGAGGAUGUUAAUAAAAGUGCCUUCAAAAC